GGGGGGGCAGGGGAGCCAUGGGAGCCACCGGGAACACCGGGAAUACCGGGAACACUGGGAAUACCGGGAACGGCGGGAGCAGCGGGCAGCGGUAGAGCCGCCGCGGAUCAUGGCGGAGAGGCUGGAAUGGGUGGAGAUCAUCGAGCCUCGCACGCGGGAGCGCAUGUACGCCAACCUGCUGACGGGCGAGUGCGUGUGGGACCCGCCGGCCGGGGUGCGCAUCAAGCGCACCAACGAGAACCAGUGGUGGGAGCUCUUCGACCCCAACACCUCCCGCUUCUACUACUACAAUGCCACCACCCAGAGGACCGUCUGGCACCGGCCCCAGAACUGCGACAUCAUCCCCCUGGCCAAGCUGCAGACCCUGAAGCAGAACACGGAGUCGCCGCGGGCGUCCACCGAGAACAGCCCCGGGAGGAGCAGCAACGUCAGCAGGGAGGGGAGCACCGGCUCCUCCCUGGAGCAGGAGCUGGAUGGAGGGGGAGGAGGAGGAGGAGGAGGAGGAGGAGGAGGCAGCGAGAAGCUCCCGGAGCAGAGGGCGGGCAGGCAGGGCCCCCAGUACGGGCUGGGCAAGGAGGAGGUGGAAAGCUCGUCGCCUUCCGGAGUGUUCGAGAAGGAAUAUGAGAUUUACCGGGAUUACAGCGCCGAGGGGCAGCUCCUGCACUACAGGACGUCGUCGCUGCGAUGGAACGCCGGCACCAAGGAGCGGAUGCUGAUCAAGGUGACGGACCGCGAGCCGAGCUUCCUCCUGCACCAGGGCAACGGCUUCGCCCCCGAAUCCCAGGCGGGGUCGCGCUCCCGCCGCCCCUCCGGCGGCCAGCAGUCCCCCAACCUCCAGACCUUCUCCUCCUCGGACGCCGACGGCUCCGUGUUCUUCCCGGAGAGGAAGGCGUCGCCCUUCCUGAAGAGGGCCGAGCUGGCCGGGAGCUGCUCCCCGCUGCUGGGCCGGGGGGACCCCUUCUGCUCCCCGCUGCAGGCGCAGCAGCACCGCAAGCACUCGGCCGAGUCGCAGCCGUCGUCGCCGCGCUACGCCUACGAGCCGCCGCUCUACGAGGAGCCCCCCAUGGAGUACCAGGCCCCCAUCUACGACGAGCCCCCCGUGGACAUGCAGUACGAGCCCGGCGGCGGCGGCGGCGGCUACAAGGCCGGCUCGCCCCAGAAGUCGCCGGUGCGGAAGCCGCACCCCUUCCUGCAGUCGCCCAAGCAAGGCUCCAACUCGCCCUACCAGCAGCUGGUGCUCACCAAGCAGAAGUGCCCCCCCGACCGCUUCAUGAGCCUGGAGUACAGCCCCGCCGGCAAGGAGUACGUGCGCCAGCUCGUCUACGUGGAGCAGUCGGGCUCCAGCCCCAAGAUGAAGACGGGCCUGAGGCACAAAUACUCCCCCAACCCCAUCGGGGGCUCCUACUCGCUGCAGCACAGCCCCUGCCUGGUGCGGGACCAGCGCCUGGACGUCAAAUCCGGCGACUACAGCAGCAUGGAGGGGCCCGACUUCUGCCCCGGCCCGGCGGCCCCGGGCGAGGACUCCAUGUCGUGGUCCAGCCAGCAGGACACCUUGUCCUCCACCGGCUACUCGCCCUCCACCAGGAAGAGGAAGAGCCGGAAGCCUUCGGUGGCCCACGAGCCCAACGCCUCGGCCGCGGACGGCCCCGGGGAGAGGGAGGUGCUGGGGGAGCAGCUGCCGGGGGACGAACGAGCCGCCCCGGGGCCCAACCGCUCGCCCAUGAACCGGACGGAGAGCAAGGCGGCCGAGGCGGAGGCGGGACGGGGCUUCCCGGAGCCCUUCCUGGCGCAGGCCCGCCUGGCCUGGGAGGCGCAGCAGGCCCAUUACCACAUGAAGCAGAGGAGCAGUUGGGAUUCCCAGAAGGACGGAUCCGGCUACGAGAGCGACGGCGCCCUCCCCCUGCCCAUGCCGGGCCCGGUGGUGAGGGCCUUCAGCGAGGACGAGGCACUGGCGCAGCAGGAGAACAAGCACUGGAAGAGGAACACCUUCGAGAAGCUGGGCUUCCCCCAGAUCCUGCUGGAGAAGAGCGUCUCCGUCCAGACCAACCUGGCCUCUCCCGAGCCCUACCUGCACCCGUCCCAGUCCGAGGACCUCGGCGCCUGCGCCCAGUUCGAGAGCAGCCGCCAGACCAGGAACAUGAUGCCGAGCGCCAGCUGCGUCUUCCCCACCUUCAACCUGCGCAAACCCUCCUCGGAGACGGACAUUGAGAACUGGGCCUCCAAGCACUUCAACAAGCACACCCAAGGGCUCUUCCGCCGCAAGGUCUCCAUCGCCAACAUGUUGGCCUGGAGCAGCGAAUCCAUCAAGAAACCCAUGAUCAUGACCAACGACCGCAACGUCAAGAAGGAGGCGUGCGAGAUCUUCAAGCUCAUCCAGAUGUACAUGGGCGACCGGCGGGCCAAGACGGACCAGCUCAACGUGGCCUUGGAGAUCGCCACCAAGGGCUGGAGCGUGCAGGGGCUGCGAGACGAGCUCUACAUCCAGCUGUGCCGGCAGACCACCGAGAACUUCCGUUACGAGAGCCUGGCCCGGGGCUGGGAGCUCAUGGCCAUUUGUUUGGCCUUUUUCCCCCCCACUCCCAAAUUCCAUUCCUACCUAGAAGGAUACAUUUACCGGCACAUGGACCCGGUGAAUGACACGAAAGUGACGCGGCACAUCCGUCACCUCCUGGAAAGGACCAAUCAGAAGAAACCCAAAUUGCGAAAGAAACCCAAGCCCCAAAUCGAGGAGCACCAUGGGGUGGCCAUCAGCACUUACGCCAAGUACUGCUACAACAAGCUCCAGAAGGCGGCUCUGACCGGGGCCAAGAAGGGCCUGAAGAAGCCGAACAUCGAGGAGAUCCGCCACGCCAAGAACGCCGUGUUCAACCCCUCCAUGUUCGGCAGCUCCCUGCAGGACAUCGUGGCCAUGCAGAAGGAGCGAUACCCCGACCGGCAGCUGCCCUGGGUGCAGACCCGCCUCUCCGAGGAGGUCCUGGCGCUCAACGGGGACCAGACCGAGGGCAUCUUCAGGGUCCCCGGGGACAUCGACGAGGUCAACGCCCUCAAGCUGCAGGUGGACCAGUGGAAGAUCCCGACGGGCUUGGAGGACCCCCAUGUUCCUGCCUCCCUGCUGAAGCUGUGGUACCGGGAGCUGGAGGAGCCGCUGAUCCCCCACGAGUUCUACGAGCAGUGCAUCACCCACUACGAGAACCCCGAGGCGGCCAUCGCCGUCGUCCACUCGCUGCCCAGGAUCAACAAGAUGGUGCUGUGCUACCUCAUCCGCUUCCUACAGGUACUCACGGGCGGCCCCGGCACCCCCGGGGGCAGCUCCCGGCCCGGGGGCUUCUCCGGGGCUCACUCAGCCGUGUCCCCGGUGUCCCGUGGGCAGGUGGAGGUGCAGGACGGGCCGGACGAGAACGGGGAGAUGUUCAUGAGGCCCGGCAAGAUCUCCGACUACUUCCCACGGCCCUACCCCAACCCCGAGGCUGCCAGGGCGGCCAACAACGGGGCACUGCCCCCCGACCUCUCCUACAUCGUCAAUGCCAGGCACGGGGGUGAGGAUUACGUGUUCUCCCUGCUGACGGGGUACUGUGACCCCCCCGCGGGGGUGUCGGUGCGGGAGGGGCUGCACUACAACCCCUACUUCCCGGGCCAGGCCAUCGGGAUGGCCCCGCCCAUCUACGACGAGGUGCUCGAGUUCGAUGACGGGACCCCCGCCACCAUGUCCCAGAUCGCCAAGGACGUUUGCACCUUCCUGCGCUGGGCGGCCGAGCCCGAGCACGACCACCGCAAGCGCAUGGGGCUCAAGAUGCUGCUGAUCUCGGGCAUGCUGGUGCCCCUGGUGUACUACAUGAAGCGGCACAAGUGGUCGGUGCUCAAGAGCAGGAAGAUGGUUUAUCGACCCCCCAAGUAGGGGGCCCUCGGGGGGGCCCCCCCCGGUCCAUCGGCCCCCCCCCACCCCAAACAGGGGGCAGGGGGGGCCCCCCUCGGUCUGCCAGCCCCUCAAACGGGGGGUGAAGAGCAGGGGGGUGUCUGUUUGGCCCCCCAAGGAGGGGCAGGGGGUGGGUCCCCGCCCCCCCACCGUGUAUUUAAGCCGAGCCCCGACCCCGGGGGGGGCUCCAGGCACGGGAAUAAAGGCUCGGGGUUCCACGGGAAA